UGGAUCAGCGUGGUGACUCUGGCAAGUCUGUUUUGUGGAGAUUCAAAGGCGCAGCUUGAUGUGUGUGGCAUCACUCCUCUGAACAACAGGAUAGUUGGAGGUGAAGAUGCUCCAGCUGGAAGUUGGCCCUGGCAGGUCAGUCUGCAGGUAUUUGGCAGACAUAUUUGUGGAGGUUCCCUCAUCAGCAGAGAGUGGGUGAUGUCUGCUGCUCACUGUUUCUCCAGCACAAGUACAUUUGCAUGGCGCAUUUCCCUCGGUCGUCAGAACCUACAAGGCACAAAUCCCAAUGAAGUUUCCAGAACUGUUGCAACAAUCAUCUUACACCCAAACUAUGACAUUAACACCAACGACAAUGACAUUGCUCUGCUCAGACUGUCCUCACCAGUCACCUUCACAGACUACAUCAGACCUGUGUGUCUGGCAGCCAGUGACAGUGUGUUCAACAGCGGUACUGAUAGCUGGGUCACCGGCUGGGGCGCAGUCCAGGAGGGAGUAUCGUUACCUUUCCCUGGAACUCUACAAGAGGUGGAGGUUCCCGUUUUGGGAAACAGACAGUGUAACUGUCUUAAUGGAGUUGGCACAGUUACAGACAACAUGAUCUGUGCAGGUCUUCUGGAAGGAGGAAAAGACUCCUGUCAGGUAGGCUGCUUCUACUGUUAUGUCAUCAAUUUGGUGAAAGCAACGAUUUCGACAACACUCAGACGUGUCCUGUCCAUUCCUCAGGGGGACUCAGGAGGUCCAAUGGUUAGUAAGCAGGGCUCCGUCUGGGUCCAGUCUGGUAUUGUUAGUUUUGGUUUUGGCUGCGCUCGGCCCAAUCUGCCAGGAGUCUACUCCAGAGUGUCCCAGUACGAGUCCUGGAUCAGCUCCCACAUCACCUCCGAUCAGCCAGGCUUUGUCCAGUUCAGCUCCAGUGGGUUGGACACUGACAGCAGCUACACCUGUCCUGGUCUGCCUCCUCCUCUUACUACUACUGCUCCUGCUACAACUGCUGAACCAGAACUUACAACCACUGAUUCACUGUCCAUUCUGUCCAGUGCUGAAUUGUGUGGCAUCACUCCUCUGAACAACAGGAUAGUUGGAGGUGAAGAUGCUCCAGCUGGAAGUUGGCCCUGGCAGGUCAGUCUGCAGGUAUUUGGCAGACAGAUUUGUGGAGGUUCCCUCAUCAACAGAGAGUGGGUGAUGUCUGCUGCUCACUGUUUCUCCAGCACAAGUACAUAUGGAUGGCAGAUUUCCCUCGGUCGUCAGAACCUACAAGGCAUAAAUCCCAAUGAAGUUUCCAGAACUGUCGCAACAAUCAUCUUACAUCCAAACUAUGACAGUAACACCAACGACAAUGACAUUGCUCUGCUCAGACUGUCCUCACCAGUCACCUUCACAGACUACAUCAGACCUGUGUGUCUGGCAGCCAGUGACAGUGUGUUCAACAGCGGUACUGAUAGCUGGGUCACUGGCUGGGGUACAGUCCAGGAGGGAGUAUCGCUACCUUUCCCUGGAACUCUACAAGAGGUGGAGGUUCCUGUUUUGGGAAACAGACAGUGUAACUGUCUGAAUGGAGUUGGCACAGUUACAGACAACAUGAUCUGUGCAGGUCUUCUGGAAGGAGGAAAAGACUCCUGUCAGGGUGACUCAGGAGGUCCAAUGGUUAGUAAGCAGGGCUUCAUCUGGGUCCAGUCUGGUAUUGUUAGUUUUGGUUUUGGCUGCGCUCGGCCCAAUCUGCCAGGAGUCUACUCCAGAGUGUCCCAGUACGAGUCCUGGAUCAGCUCCCACAUCACCUCCGAUCAGCCAGGCUUUGUCCAGUUCAGCUCCAGUGGGUUGGACACUGACAGCAGCUACACCUGUCCUGGUCUGCCUCCUCCUCUUACUACUACUGCUCCUGCUACAACUGCUGAACCAGAACUUACAACCACUGAUUCACUGUCCAUUCUGUCCAGUGCUGAAUUGUGUGGCAUCACUCCUCUGAACAACAGGAUAGUUGGAGGUGAAGAUGCUCCAGCUGGAAGUUGGCCCUGGCAGGUCAGUCUGCAGGUAUUUGGCAGACAGAUUUGUGGAGGUUCCCUCAUCAACAGAGAGUGGGUGAUGUCUGCUGCUCACUGUUUCUCCAGCACAAGUACAUAUGGAUGGCAGAUUUCCCUCGGUCGUCAAAACCUACAAGGCACAAAUCCCAAUGAAGUUUCCAGAACUGUCGCAACGAUCAUCUUACAUCCAAACUAUGACAGUAACACCAACGACAAUGACAUUGCUCUGCUCAGACUGUCCUCACCAGUCACCUUCACAGACUACAUCAGACCUGUGUGUCUGGCAGCCAGUGACAGUGUGUUCAACAGCGGUACUGAUAGCUGGGUCACUGGCUGGGGUACAGUCCAGGAGGGAGUAUCGUUACCUUUCCCUGGAACUCUACAAGAGGUGGAGGUUCCCGUUUUGGGAAACAGACAGUGUAACUGUCUGAAUGGAGUCGGCACAGUCACAGACAACAUGAUCUGUGCAGGUCUUCUGGAAGGAGGAAAAGACUCCUGUCAGGGGGACUCAGGAGGUCCAAUGGUUAGUAAGCAGGGCUCCGUCUGGGUCCAGUCUGGUAUUGUUAGUUUUGGUUUUGGCUGCGCUCGGCCCAAUCUGCCAGGAGUCUACUCCAGAGUGUCCCAGUACGAGUCCUGGAUCAGCUCCCACAUCACCUCCGAUCAGCCAGGCUUUGUCCAGUUCAGCUCCAGUGGGUUGGACACUGACAGCAGCUACACCUGUCCUGGUCUGCCUCCUCCUCUUACUACUACUGCUCCUGCUACAACUGCUGAACCAGAACUUACAACCACUGAUUCACUGUCCAUUCUGUCCAGUGCUGAAUUGUGUGGCAUCACUCCUCUGAACAACAGGAUAGUUGGAGGUGAAGAUGCUCCAGCUGGAAGUUGGCCCUGGCAGGUCAGUCUGCAGGUAUUUGGCAGACAGAUUUGUGGAGGUUCCCUCAUCAACAGAGAGUGGGUGAUGUCUGCUGCUCACUGUUUCUCCAGCACAAGUACAUAUGGAUGGCAGAUUUCCCUCGGUCGUCAGAACCUACAAGGCAUAAAUCCCAAUGAAGUUUCCAGAACUGUCGCAACAAUCAUCUUACAUCCAAACUAUGACAGUAACACCAACGACAAUGACAUUGCUCUGCUCAGACUGUCCUCACCAGUCACCUUCACAGACUACAUCAGACCUGUGUGUCUGGCAGCCAGUGACAGUGUGUUCAACAGCGGUACUGAUAGCUGGGUCACUGGCUGGGGUACAGUCCAGGAGGGAGUAUCGUUACCUUUCCCUGGAACUCUACAAGAGGUGGAGGUUCCCGUUUUGGGAAACAGACAGUGUAACUGUCUGAAUGGAGUUGGCACAGUUACAGACAACAUGAUCUGUGCAGGUCUUCUGGAAGGAGGAAAAGACUCCUGUCAGGUAGGCUGCAUCUACUAUUAUGUCAUCGAUUUGGUAAAAGCAACGAUUUCGACAACACUCAGACGUGUCCUGUCCAUUCCUCAGGGUGACUCAGGAGGUCCAAUGGUUAGUAAGCAGGGCUCCGUCUGGGUCCAGUCUGGUAUUGUUAGUUUUGGUUUUGGCUGCGCUCGGCCCAAUCUGCCAGGAGUCUACUCCAGAGUGUCCCAGUACGAGUCCUGGAUCAGCUCCCACAUCACCUUCGAUCAGCCAGGCUUUGUCCAGUUCAGCUCCAGUGGGUUGGACACUGACAGCAGCUACACCUGUCCUGGUCUGCCUCCUCCUCUUACUACUACUGCUCCUGCUACAACUGCUGAACCAGAACUUACAACCACUGAUUCACUGUCCAUUCUGUCCAGUGCUGAAUUGUGUGGCAUCACUCCUCUGAACAACAGGAUAGUUGGAGGUGAAGAUGCUCCAGCUGGAAGUUGGCCCUGGCAGGUCAGUCUGCAGGUAUUUGGCAGACAGAUUUGUGGAGGUUCCCUCAUCAACAGAGAGUGGGUGAUGUCUGCUGCUCACUGUUUCUCCAGCACAAGUACAUAUGGAUGGCAGAUUUCCCUCGGUCGUCAGAACCUACAAGGCAUAAAUCCCAAUGAAGUUUCCAGAACUGUCGCAACAAUCAUCUUACAUCCAAACUAUGACAGUAACACCAACGACAAUGACAUUGCUCUGCUCAGACUGUCCUCACCAGUCACCUUCACAGACUACAUCAGACCUGUGUGUCUGGCAGCCAGUGACAGUGUGUUCAACAGCGGUACUGAUAGCUGGGUCACUGGCUGGGGUACAGUCCAGGAGGGAGGUGAGUCCAACUUAUCGCUACCUUUCCCUGGAACUCUACAAGAGGUGGAGGUUCCCGUUUUGGGAAACAGACAGUGUAACUGUCUGAAUGGAGUUGGCACAGUCACAGACAACAUGAUCUGUGCAGGUCUUCUGGAAGGAGGAAAAGACUCCUGUCAGGGGGACUCAGGAGGUCCAAUGGUUAGUAAGCAGGGCUCCGUCUGGGUCCAGUCUGGUAUUGUUAGUUUUGGUUUUGGCUGCGCUCGGCCCAAUCUGCCAGGAGUCUACUCCAGAGUGUCCCAGUACGAGUCCUGGAUCAGCUCCCACAUCACCUCCGAUCAGCCAGGCUUUGUCCAGUUCAGCUCCAGUGGGUUGGACACUGACAGCAGCUACACCUGUCCUGGUCUGCCUCCUCCUCUUACUACUACUGCUCCUGCUACAACUGCUGAACCAGAACUUACAACCACUGAUUCACUGUCCAUUCUGUCCAGUGCUGAAUUGUGUGGCAUCACUCCUCUGAACAACAGGAUAGUUGGAGGUGAAGAUGCUCCAGCUGGAAGUUGGCCCUGGCAGGUCAGUCUGCAGGUAUUUGGCAGACAGAUUUGUGGAGGUUCCCUCAUCAACAGAGAGUGGGUGAUGUCUGCUGCUCACUGUUUCUCCAGCACAAGUACAUAUGGAUGGCAGAUUUCCCUCGGUCGUCAGAACCUACAAGGCAUAAAUCCCAAUGAAGUUUCCAGAACUGUCGCAACAAUCAUCUUACAUCCAAACUAUGACAGUAACACCAACGACAAUGACAUUGCUCUGCUCAGACUGUCCUCACCAGUCACCUUCACAGACUACAUCAGACCUGUGUGUCUGGCAGCCAGUGACAGUGUGUUCAACAGCGGUACUGAUAGCUGGGUCACUGGCUGGGGUACAGUCCAGGAGGGAGGUGAGUCCAACUUAUCGCUACCUUUCCCUGGAACUCUACAAGAGGUGGAGGUUCCCGUUUUGGGAAACAGACAGUGUAACUGUCUGAAUGGAGUUGGCACAGUCACAGACAACAUGAUCUGUGCAGGUCUUCUGGAAGGAGGAAAAGACUCCUGUCAGGGGGACUCAGGAGGUCCAAUGGUUAGUAAGCAGGGCUUCAUCUGGGUCCAGUCUGGUAUUGUUAGUUUUGGUUUUGGCUGCGCUCGGCCCAAUCUGCCAGGAGUCUACUCCAGAGUGUCCCGGUACGAGUCCUGGAUCAGCUCCCACAUCACCUCUGAUCAGCCAGGCUUUGUCCAGUUCAGCUCCAGUGGGUUGGACACUGACAGCAGCUACACCUGUCCUGGUCUGCCUCCUCCUCUUACUACUACUGCUCCUGCUACAACUGCUGAACCAGAACUUACAACCACUGAUUCACUGUCCAUUCUGUCCAGUGCUGAAUUGUGUGGCAUCACUCCUCUGAACAACAGGAUAGUUGGUGGUGAAGAUGCUCCAGCUGGAAGUUGGCCCUGGCAGGUCAGUCUGCAGAGAUUUCGCAGACAUAUUUGUGGAGGUUCCCUCAUCAACAGAGAAUGGGUGAUGUCUGCUGCUCACUGUUUCUCAAGCACAAAUACACGUAGAUGGCGCAUUUCCCUCGGUCGCCAGAAUCUACGAGGCAGAAAUCCUAAUGAAAUUUCACGAAGAGUUGCAACAAUCAUCUUACAUCCAAACUAUGACAGUAACACCAACAACAAUGACAUUGCUCUGCUCAGACUGUCCUCACCAGUCACCUUCACAGACUACAUCAGACCUGUGUGUCUGGCAGCCAGUGACAGUGUGUUCAACAGCGGUACUGAUAGCUGGGUCACUGGCUGGGGUACAGUCCAGGAGGGAGUAUCGUUACCUUUCCCUGGAACUCUACAAGAGGUGGAGGUUCCCGUUUUGGGAAACAGACAGUGUAACUGUCUGAAUGGAGUCGGCACAGUCACAGACAACAUGAUCUGUGCAGGUCUUCUGGAAGGAGGAAAAGACUCCUGUCAGGGGGACUCAGGAGGUCCAAUGGUUAGUAAGCAGGGCUCCGUCUGGGUCCAGUCUGGUAUUGUUAGUUUUGGUUUUGGCUGCGCUCGGCCCAAUCUGCCAGGAGUCUACUCCAGAGUGUCCCAGUACGAGUCCUGGAUCAGCUCCCACAUCACCUCCGAUCAGCCAGGCUUUGUCCAGUUCAGCUCCAGUGGGUUGGACACUGACAGCAGCUACACCUGUCCUGGUCUGCCUCCUCCUCCUCCAGUCCAAAGUGUAUCAAAUCCUGCACGCUCAGAGUGUGGCAGUGUUCCUGUGAACAGUCAUGGGGGAACGUGGCCCUGGAUUGUGAGCAUUCAUGCAUGUCAAGCUUAGUCUUAGAGUAAAUAAGGAAAAAUGACCAAGAUGCAGAAGUUUUGGUUGUAUAAU